AUGACUGAUAAACCUGAUUCGUACUCUGGCUUUAAUGACUACAAUCCUUUGCUAGAUACUGAUAGUCUGAAAUAUGAUAACGAUUUGCAACAAGCAGUACUAAAGACUAGCCAUGGCCGACGAGCUCCACCGACUGGUCAACCUGGUACUGCGGCACAAAAGGGUGGAUUCUUUUCGAAAAUGAAGAAUGUUUUCAGUCGGCAGAAAAAUGCUCCACCACCGGGUACAUCUUCGGGACGAUUGGGAACUGCAUCACGUGCAGCCCAGCAGAACGGUAUGAUGGGUGCGCCGCCCGGCUCUGCAUCUCGCCGUCUUCAAACAGGUGCAGCAGGUCAAAAACGGCCAACAACUGCCGUUCAAGGCGCAGGUUUUAUGGCUAGUGGUUUGAGUGGUGCCACGACCGUAUCGGGACCGACAGUAUUCGAAAAGAAAGAAGAAACGAGUGAAGAUAAAGUGAGAAAAAUGGAGAAGGCAAUUAUUGAUCUCGUCGGAGAAAGUUGUCUAGCUGAUGAGAAGAAUGAUACAAAAUUGGCGUUGGAAAAAGCGGAAGAAGCUAUGCGAAGUGAAAAGAGUCUGACACGUUAUCGUGAAGAGCAGAACCUUGGCGAAGCAGAUAUGAGUCUGGCUGGCUUUACUAUUCUCCAUUGUGCCAAUAUGUACACUAAAUGUGGAAUGAAUUCCGAAGCACUGAAUCAUUAUAAUACGUUGUUAAAAAGCAAACUCCUACCUAUUCCCCAUCGAUUGCGAAUUAAUAUUGGAAAUGUAUAUCUACAUUCGAAACAGUAUGCUAAAGCAUUAAAAAUGUAUCGCAUGGCUCUCGAUCAAAUCCCCGAACAAAAUGCUGAUUUGAAGUUUAAAAUUCGUGAGAAUAUAGCGGCGACACAUAUUCUCAUGGGUCAAUAUGCUGAAGCCGCUCAGGCAUAUGAAUCGAUUAUGCAAGAACGCCCGAAUUAUCGUAGCGGCUUAAAUCUUCUGCUGUGCUAUCAUGCAUUGACUCAACGUGAUAAAACUCGACGAGUGUUUACUGAUCUUCUAAAAAUACCUUUUCUCAGUUCAGAUGAAGAUUACCAGCCUUCAGUUGAUAAAGAGAAUAAACAAGCCAACCUGGUUCUUGAAGCGACAAGAGAUGAUCGGCUGAGGCAAUUCGAACGAAAACGUCGUCGCUUUGCUGAACAUGUCAUUGUCACCGCUGCGAAAAUAGUUGGCAACAAUUUCGAUGGAGAUUUCGUUGGUGGUUAUGAAUGGUGUAUCGAUCAAGUACGCAAUUCGACCUAUCUCGAAUUAGCAAGUGGUCUGGAGAUCCAGAAAGCAAUUGCUUAUUUACGAGAAAACAAUUUUGCCAAAGCCAUUUCAACAUUGAAAGAAUUCGAAAAAGCUGAAGCAAAAUUAGCCAGUGCAGCGGCAACGAAUUUAUCAUUUUUGUACUUUUUGGAAAAGGAUCUGAAUAAUGCACACAAAUAUGCUGAUUUAGCUUUAAAAACUGACAAAUUCAAUCCAGCUUCAUUGACGAAUAAAGGCAAUUGCUGCUUUGCUCAAGAGGACUAUGACAAAGCACGGUAUUAUUAUGAAGAAGCAUUGAAUAUUGAUGCCGGCUCUGUAGAAGCUCUUCAUAAUCUCAUUUUAACAUUGCAGAAAUCAAAUCAGUACCAACGCGUUAAAGAUCUUCUCCAUAAGUACGAAAGCAUUCAACCGGCCAAUGCUCAAGUAUUUUGUCUUAUGGGAGAAGUUUUGCAACAAACGAACGAUUCCGAACAUGCGAAAAGCUGGUAUUUACAAGCGCUAAGUAAAUAUCGAACCGACGGUCAUCUACACCGACGAAUCGGCGAAGUUAUAGACAUGCAAGGAGAUAAAUCAGAGGCGCUACAGUACUAUUUCGACGCUUUUCGACAUAAUCCAUGUGACAUCGAAACGUUAGAAUGGCUUGCAUCUUAUUACCUGGAAACACAGUAUCCAGAUAAAGCUGUCGAAUUCUGUGCACAAGCUGCAUUAGUCAAGCCUGGAGAAAUCAAAUGGCAUUUAAUGGUCGCUUCAUGUUAUCGCCGUCAUGGUGAUUAUACAGCUGCUCUAGAGAAAUAUAAAUGGAUUCAUAUUCAUUUUCCUGAUGACAUCGACUUGCGAACAAAUGUAGUUAAUGUAUUCAAUUUAAUGACAGGAAAAGUACCAGAUGAAAGAAGUUUUAUAUCUUACAAGAUGCAAUUAGCUUUACUUAGCCGAAUUUCAACGGAUCUUGGUCUUCCUGAACGUGAAAACUAUGAAAUGGAGUUGAAAAAAGCGAAUAAAAUCAAAGAAAUCAAACUUCAACGACAAACAAGUGCAGAUAAAAGUCGUGGAAUUGUCAAAGGUCGAAAGGUCUCUCACGCUGAUCAAGAUGUUUCUCAAUUCAGAGGUGAUGAUACUCGACAAUCGAGCGGUCGUAAACGAACACCAAUUGAUCUGAGCAAUACGGAGGGUGUUUUCUCUCGCCCAGAACCAGCUUCGAUUCAACCGUUUGUUGAUGAAUUUCCUCAAGAUAUGGCCGAUGGACGGCCGAAAACAGCUAUACGACGAAAAGAAUUAAAUAAAGCUCUAUUCGAUGACAACGAUGACGCCGCUGAACUUUUACCUGACUGA